UAUAAAUAAAUGCACACAACUCAACGUAAUCACCAACAUUCUUUUCUUUUUCUCCUCUAUGCACUUCUUAAUUAGAAGAAACUACUAAAAAAACGUAGUAAAAACAAGUUCAAUUACUAUGCAUAAACUCACACUCUUUCUCUUUUGUCUCAUUUUCUCCGCACUCGCCGUUAGUUUUGCGGAUCAUGCAGACAAAACACAAAAAAAUCCAUUCACUCCAAAAGCAUUUGUGAUUCGCUAUUGGGACAGAGUGAUCAAAAACAACCUGCCAAAACCAUCCUUCAUCAUUUCCAAGGCGUCGCCACUUAGCGCAGCAGACGCAACCGCUUUUGCCAAACACAUAGCUGACAACACACUGUCCACAAAGUUGCCGGAAUUCUGCUCAGCCGCACACCUCCUUUGCUUUCCUGAUGUAAAUCCUAGCCUUGCAAAACACUCUCAGGACUCCAAAUUCACUGUCUACAACGAAGGUAACAACUUCACCAACUAUGGAACAGAGAGACCAGGAGGACUAGAUUCAUUCAAGAACUACUCCAACGGUUUCGAAAGCAACCCGAUCAACGAAUUCCGCCAAUACAGCCGCAGUUCCGCUGGCCACAACGACAGUUUCAUCAACUAUGCUGACUCAACCAACGUCGCAGAUCAGAAUUUCAACACCUACGGUUCUGCCGCCGCUGGUGGCGUCGGGGAAUUCAAAGCAUACGCUAAAGAAACCAACGUCCCUAACCUCAGGUUCUCCACUUACUCCGUCUCUACCGCCGGCAGACAACAGAAGUUCUCAAGCUACAGCGAAGACGGAAACGCCGGCGGUCAGGUUUUUGGUAACUACGGGAAAGACUCCGCAGGUGCCGAAAACCGUUUCACACAAUACGGAACGGACUCUAACGUUGCUUCAUCAGGUUUUUCUAGUUACGCGGACAAAGGCACAGGUAAUAAAGACACUUUCGUUAGUUACGGCUUUAAUAUGAAUAAUCCUACUGUGGAUUUCAAAAACUACGCCAGAGGAGGUUUAGGAGUCACUGAGAAGUUCUCAAGUUAUAGAGAUCAAUCCAAUGUUGGUGCUGAUUCGUUUACUUCUUACGCUAAGGAUGCAGAAACUGGGACCCAUGUUGAUUUCAAUAACUAUGGAAAAUCUUUUAACGAAGGAACCGACACUUUCAAAGGCUAUGCUAAAGGUGCAGGUGCAGAUCAUAAAGUUACUUUCAAAAGUUAUGGUGUGAAUAACACUUUCAAGGAUUACGAUAAAAAAGGUAUUUCUUUUGCCCAAUAUACUAACGCUUCUGCAACUAAUGCUGUUUCUGUUAGUAAUAGUUUGGCAAAGAAAUGGGUUGAACCGGGUAAGUUUUUCCGGGAAAUGAUGUUGAAACAAGGUGUGGUAAUGCCUAUGCCUGAUAUCAAAGAUAAGUUACCAAAAAGAUCGUUUUUGCCUCGUAACAUUUUCACUAAAUUGCCCUUUGCAACUUCGAAGAUGAAUGAGUUGAAGCAAGUUUUUAAAGUGUCUGAGAAUUCGUCAAUGGAUAAAAUGAUAGUGGACUCGUUGGGUGAAUGUGAGAGGGCUCCGAGUAAGGGCGAGACGAAACGGUGUGUAGGAUCACUCGAGGACAUGAUCGACUUUGCAACUUCGGUAUUGGGCCAUGAUGUUACGGUUCGGUCCACGGAGAAUUUAAAUGGGUCGGGUAAAAAUGUCAUGGUGGGUCGGGUUCAAGGGAUAAACCAUGGAAAAGUGACUAAAUCAGUUUCAUGUCAUCAGAGUUUGUUUCCUUCUUUGUUGUACUAUUGUCACUCAGUUCCGAAGGUUCGGGUUUAUGAGGCGGAUCUUUUGGACCCGGAAUCAAAGGCCAAGAUUAAUCACGGUGUUGCGAUUUGUCAUUUGGAUACAACUGCUUGGAGCCCCACCCAUGGUGCAUUCAUGGCUCUUGGGUCUGGUCCGGGUCGAAUUGAAGUGUGCCAUUGGAUCUUUGAGAACGAUAUGACUUGGACUACUACGGACUAAAGAGAACUCCAACCCGAAAUAUAUAUGCUUUUAUUUCAGUGUAAUGUUAUGUCAGUAAUAACGAGUUUAUAUUUUCCUAUUUUUAGAAAUAAAUGAUUAUGUUAUUGGAAGAAAAUGUACUAUUUAUUACCUAUGUAUGUUUGGAUUGAAGAUCAGUUUGAGAUAA